AAGAAAAGCUAAUCAAACUUCGAAGGUUUUGAUUGAUGUUUACUGUUUUGACUUUUGAAUCUUGAUCACAUCUUGAUCUUGAUUUUAAUAAUUCUGGUAUUUACUAUUUACCUGUAACUUCUUUAAUUAUUUAAAAAUAUUCGUGUGAUCGUUUAAAAAUCUCUCAAUUUCAUAAAUAUUGAAAUACCGAUAGGUAAUUCGGAGAUUGUAUACAAAAUGUCAACAGAGAACUGCGCUCUUCUAAAUGAUAUAUCUCCAAUGUUUCGUCCAUACGUUCGUAAUAUAUAUCAGGACUUGAAACUAGGUUUAUGUAAAACUAAAGUGGACCUAGAACGCAUUGGUGGUUCGGCGAACGGUGGAGAAAGUCAAUUUCGAUUAGUACUACCUUAUUGCUCCAAGAAACUUAAGUGGGAUAUCAUAUUUGAUGCUGCAACACCAUGGUUUGCUCCUGACUUUCGAUUUGAUGAUGAGAGCUUUUUAAGCAAUGCGGAUGAAGAGAUUCUAGUUCAAGGUGUUCCCAGUCUAUCUGAAUGGAAUUCUAGCAAUCCACAAUCACUCAGUGAAGUUAUAUCAGAAUUAGUUACAAUGUAUAAAGUUCAUCAGGUUAAAAAACUGAAUGAAGAUGAAAAUUCUCGUGCUUCAUUUGAGUAUAGUGCCUUACUGGGAAGCGCACUUAUCCCUGAACAAGAUGUGGAAGUGUGGGUGGGCACACAUGUUGUAGAGUUCCUCAUUAAACUCACAGUGGACACUUCAAGACUUCCAGAACUGUACAAUGAAGGAACAGAUCAAAAUCCAGGAAUUGAUACAGCUUUACUUCUUGUUAGAUACCCGAACCCUACCAAUGCAGAGUUGAUUUUAUCACCAUUUCUGACCAAAGUUUUGGGAACCAUAUCUUUGCCUAUGAUGCACCAAUCUGGAGUACUCAUGGAUUAUGUUCCAAUGGUUACAGAAAUAUUAAACAACAAGAUACAAGAUCUUCUAAAUAAUGACAGGUUAAAGCGUGAACUGUUAGCCCAGCUGAUUGUGAAGUACGAGGGAGCUGUAUUGGAGCAUGAUGCGAACAGUGCUGCCUUCCUGUUUGAAAUGAAUGAUUUUCAUUGGAUUCUACAAAUAGAUAUAGCCAUUCAAUUUCCAGAAAAACCUCCAGUGUUGACGCUGCGGUCCGUUUAUCAUUGUUCAAAAGGAAAACCCAAGUUCAAAGUGUUACCUGGAUGUUCAUAUAGUAAUUUUGAACUUUACAUUGAACAGCAAGUUGAAAUAUUUAAAAACGAUUGCACUGAAUGUCCAUUUACUUUAGAUGUGGAUAGUGUUGAAUGAGAAUGAGCCCUCUUCAGACAAAAAUUUCACCUACAAA